GUGGGGGGCAGCGAGGGAGGGUCUCUGCAGCAGCCAGGCAGCCAGAGGGGCUCGCCUCCAUUUCCCCAGGGCAGCCUGCCUCUGCUGGUGGGGCUCUUCUGGGCCCAGAUCCACGGGCCUUCCUGGGAGGUGCCGCCUUCUUCUCCCUCCUCGUGUGCCAGUUCUCCUUGGGAGGGCCUCCCCCCCCAUCCACCCUGCAAUCCCUCCAUCCAUCCUUCUUCUCCGGCCUGGACUGACAGCUACCAGGAGAGCCCUGGGAGAGGGGGCAUUGGGGGCUCCACGCUGCCGCCGGGCGCCCGCCACCAAGCUGCUCCAGCGAAGGCCUCCUCCCUGCACGACACGCCGGACCCUGGGCCAGACACACCGGCAGCACCGGCCCUCCUCUCCCGAUGGAACUUCAGCCCAAGUCCCCCCACUGCCGGGGGCUUCCGACGGCUCCUCUCCGUCCGUCCUGGGGGCAGCGGCCGAGGAGCCCCUGAAGGCAGAAGCGGAGGCAGACGCCGUGCCCUUGGCCCGCCACCGACCGCGUGGCAAACCUGCCGCCAGCCUUGUGGGGAGCUUCCGUGCCACGCCAUGAAGGCAGGGCUCUGAGCACUGUCUCCUCAGCCACCAGCCAUGGGCAACGCGGGGGGCAGACCCAGCUGCCUGGGGGAGAAAAGCCAGAAGCCGGACGACUUCCUGAAGGACUCCUACCUCAAGGACCUGGGCCUGGCGUCCGGGCGCCCCUCCAGAAGGAACAACGCAGGGGGCCCCGGGGCCCCCCCAGAGAAGCCUCCACUCAGCCCCCGGGUGAUCGAGAAUGGCUGGAGCGUGGCGACGCUGGGGGGGCCCAGCAAGAGCCAGCAGGGCAGCCCCCUCCCCAAGCAGAACAACAUGGACGUCAAGGUGCAGAACGGGGGGGCCCUCAGCUGCAGCAACCCCCUCAAGGCCCAGCUGGAGGCGGCGGUGGCGGGGGCUGCCUGGAGUCCCCCCCGGGGGCUGGCGCACGGGAGCGGCUGGGUCUGGAAGCCCCUCACCACCACUGAGGUGACGGAGGUGACGGAGGUGACCGAGACUGUUGUGACUGAGAUUGUGGAGGUGACCGAGUAUCCCGGGGGCGACCGGAGCAAAGAGCCCACCGUCACCAGGCGGGUCAAGGUGCUCACGGAGUGCGCAGGAGGAGCCCUGCCAGAGCUCCAGAACAGCCAGAGCUGGCCUGCUGGCCAGGGGGACCCCCUGGAGCCGUGGAGCAGCCCCAGCAGCAAGGCAGCUGCUGCCUUCCUAGGAGAGGUGUGGGGCGCAGAGCAGGCCCAGGUGACUCUGAGGAAGCUUCUCUCUUGGGUCAGCGACAUGGAGGAGCUCAUGGCCAACCAGAAGCCCCCUUCCUCCGAAGCCAAAGUGGUGAAGGCGCAGCUGCAGGAGCAGAAGCUUCUAAGGCGCCUUCUGGAGGAGCGCAGGUCCCAUGUGGAGGGCCUCCUGCAGGAGAGACGGGCGCCCUCUGAGCCCCCUGGCACCACAGACGGGCACGGAAGGGACGGAGGCCUUGCCAACCUCCAGGAGAAGUGGCAGACGCUAAUCCAGGGGGCAGAAGCCAGGCACAGCUCCCUGGAGCGGAUCCUUCCUGCAGCCCACACCUUCCAGGAGUCUGUCGAUGUUUUCCAGGACUGGCUGGCCUCCACGGAGAGGAAGCUGGCUGAGCUGUGGAGAGCCAACGGGAGCCUCAGCCAGGCGCAGGGAGCCCUUCAGCAAGUCCAGGACCUCUGUGAAGAAAUCCGGUCCAAGACGGCUGACCUGGAACGGGCUCUGGAGCACGGGCAGCAGCUUCUGGAGAUGGUGGCAGGAGAGGAAGCCCAUCUGGCCCAGGAGAAGAUGGACUCCCUGCGAAUGAGGUUCCUCCUUGUGGGCCAGAGCAGCGCUGCCAUCCUGCACCGCCUGGAGCAGACCCUGGAGGCCUCCUGCCGGCUGGGCCCCACCGAGGAGGAUCUGGCCCUCUGGCUGGAGCGCUUGGAGAAGGAGCUGGCGCCGCAGGGGGGCCAGCCGGGGGGUGAUGAUGACGGGACCCGCCAGCUCAGUGCUACAGACAGAGAGAAGUUUGAGCAGGUGCUGGGCUCCGAGAUGGACAAGGUGUCCCACCUGAGCACACACCUGGAGGAGCUGGGCCAGGUGCACCUGGAAGCAGAGGCCAUCCAGCAGCAGCUGGCCGAUCUGAAGCUCCUGUCGGCGGAGAUCUUGCACCACCACGGCCUCGUGGAACGGCUGGUGGCCAUUGCUGACCCACUGCUCAGCCUCUGCCCCCCAGAAGUGCAACAGCAGCUCCAGCCCUUGGUCCAGCCCCUGCAGGAGCGCUCGGAGCACCUCCUGCGCCAGAGCCUGGCCUGCACCCUGCGCCUGGAGCGUGCCCAGUCUCUGCUGGCGCAGUUCGCUGAGGCCCGUGAGGAGCUGUGCCCAUGGCUGGAGGAGACACAGCGGGCAGUGGGGCAGUUCUCCCCCGACGGCAUCAGCUGCGAGGCCUUCCGGGAGCACCAGGAGCUGCUGCAGGGUCUCCGAGAGGCCAUUGCAGAGCACAAGCCCCUGAUGUCCAAGCUGCAACGGCUGUCGGGGCAGCUAGCCGAGCUCAGUCCGCAGGAGGCUGUCCCCUUCCAGCAGGGCUGGCAGGCGGCCGAGGAGCAGUAUGGAAGCAUCCGGGAACGGGUUCGCCAGGCGGCGGCUGUGCUGGAGGAGGCCAUCCCUCGAUACAGCCAGCUGUCCGAGCGCAUGGAGCUGAUGGUGGAGAGCUUGGAGAGGCUGCAAAGCCGCACGAGGGACCCCCCUGCGGUGCGGGGAGACUCCGCCUGGCUCCGGGAGCAGAUCCGGGAGAACGGCCUCCGGCUGGCGGAGCUGGAGAAGCUGGGAGUGGCUCUGGAGACCCUCCGCGGGCAGGGGGCUGAGCUGCUGGCCACCAUGCAGGCGAGCGGAAACAGAGGGAUCCAGGAGCGUGUGGAGCAGCUGCUGAGCCAGUGGAAGGCGCUUUGGGAGCAGAGCGAGGAGCGGGAGAACUGGCUGCAGGGCCUGCUGGUGCUGGCCGACCGCUUCUGGCAGGGCUUCUCGGACCUGGCCGCCACCCUGGGAGACAUCCAGCAGGUGGUGCUGGAGCCGGAGGAGGCUGCCUCGGACCCCAAGGCCAUCCAGGCCAGGCUUGGGGCCAUGCAGGCCCUGCGAGAAGAGAUCGACUCCCUGCAGAGCGAGCUGGACUCCCUGGGCGUCCUGGGCAUGGAGCUGAUGUCGUCCUGUGGAGAUCUGGACAAACCGGACGUCACCAAGAGCCUAGAUGAUCUCUACUCUUCUUGGAACAGCCUGAGCAAGGUGUGGGGCGAACGCCAGACCCGCCUGGAGGAGCAGCUGCAGGCCUCACUCAACUACCAGCAGACCAUGGAGAGGCUCCUGAGCUGGCUGGAGGCGGCUGAGUUGAAGAUUGCAGAGGAGUUUCUGGUCGGGGGGGACCUGGACCUGGUCAAGCGGCAGCUUUCAGAGCUCAAGGAUUUCAAGCGAGAGCUAUACCAGGUCAAGGUGGAUGUAGAAAGCCUGCAGCACCCUGUGAGCCCCAGGGGGGCCAACAUCAAGGGGGCCCCCAGCGCUCUCUGCAGCUUCCGCGACCGCUGGAACUGGCUAGAGGAGGAAAUUGUGAAGCGGCAGGGGCAACCUGUGCCAACCAGGCCAGCCUCUGCCCCUGAUGGAGGCUGCCCUGCCCCUCUCUCGUCUUCUCCUCAGCACCGCCUGGAAGCCGCCCUCCUGGGUCUGGGUCAGUUCCAGAACCAGCUGGAGGAGCUCCUGCAGUGGCUCCUUCGCACCACAGAGCAGCUGGAGGCCCCCACCGCCCUCAGCCUGGACCUGCAGAGCUGUGAGAUUGAGCUGGCAAAGCACAAGGUGCUGCGGAACGAUGUUGUCUCUCGCACCCGGACCGUCCAGUCUGUGAGGGAGGCCGGGGAGGCCCUGGUGCUCUCUGGGGCAGGGGACCCGGUGGAGGGGCUCCAGGGCAGCCUCCAGCAGCUGGGCCAGCGCUGGGACUUCCUCCUGGGCGAGACGGAGAGUCGGCAGCUGGAGCUGGAGAACAACCUCAGCCAGGUGCAGGAUCUGACCUUGGAGAUCACAGAGCUGCUCCGGUGGCUGGAACACGUGGAGCUCCAGCUCUUUUUCUCCAAGCCCGGCUGGGAUCACCCAGAGACCACCAAGGACAAGCUGGCAGCACAUCUGGAGUUGUGCCGAGAGAUGGAGUCCAAGCAGCAGACGUACCACAGCGUCCGGGAGCAGCUCCAGCGCCUGCUGGCCACCAGCCACCCCCAGCGGGCUUCCAGCAUGGAGCACAGCCUGAGCAUCCUAGAGCAGAAGUGGGCCAGCGUUGCCAGCCUGGUGCAGGAGCGGAAGGAGCAGCUCAGCGAAGGGCUGACGGUCAGCACCGAGUUCCACUCCACGGCCCAGGAGCUGCUGCAGUGGGUGGGGAGGACGGAGGAGGCCCUGGCGGGGCUGCCCCCUCCCAGCUACGUCCUGGAAACCGUCACCAGCCAGAUCCAGGAGCAGAAGGCCCUGGCCAAGGAGACCCAGGCGCAGAGUGAGAAGCUGGCCGGCCUGGAGGCGGUUGCCAUGCGCAUGAAGGGCUUCAGCCGGAAGCAGGACUGCGGCGUCAUCCACAGCCUGGUGCUGACCGCCAAGGAGCGGCUGGCCAAGGUGGCGCAGCAUGUGGGCGAGAGGGGGGGCCAGCUGGAGGAGGCACGCAAGCGCACCAAGCAGUUCAGCGAGUCUUGGCAGCUGCUCCUGGACUGGCUGGAUGAGGUGGAGCCUGACCUGGAGGGGACCAGCAAUGCUGCCGUGAGCCAGGAAGAGAUCAAGAGCCUCCUGGAGGAACACAAGGAGUUCCAGAAGGGGCUGCGUGCCAAGCGCCCGGUCUACGAGGCCACCUUGCGGAGUGGGCGCCUUCUCCGGGAGAAGGCCCUGCUGCCUGACGACACCCAAACCCUGGAGGAGAUGCUGGGGGAGCUGAGGGGCCAGUGGGAGGCCAUCUGUGGCCGGGCGGCUGAGAGGCAGCGCAAGCUGGAGGAAGGUCUGCUCUUCUCCGGCCGCUUCACAGACGCCCUGCAGACCCUCAUGGACUGGCUGUACCGGGCUGAGCCCCAGCUGGCCGAGGAGACCCCCGUGGGUGGGGACAGGGACCUGGUCAGUGCCCUCAUGGACAAGCACAAGGUCUUCCAGAAGGAGCUGGGCCAGAGAGCCAGUUGCAUCAAGGCGCUGAGGCGCUCCCUGCGGGAUCUGAUGCGCGGCAGCAGCGGUGGCGCCGGAGACUCCCAGUGGCUCCAGAGCCAAGUGGAAGAGCUCAGCCACCGCUGGGAGAUCGUCUGCCAACUCUCCGUCUCCAAGCAGGACCGGCUGGAGGCUGCCCUGCGGCAGGCCGAGGAGUUCCAUGCCCUGGUGAACUCCUUCCUGGGGCGCCUGAUGGAGCUGGAGAAGUCCAUCAAGUUUGGUGCCCUCCCGUCAGAGGAGGCCGCUGUGCAGGAGUGCCAGAGCCAGCUGCAGGAUCUGAGGCAGAGCCUCCAGUGCCAGCAGCUGCAGCUGGAGUGCAUCAGCUCCCUGGGGGAGGAGAUCCUCAGCACCUCCCACCCGGACUCCGUCAUCACCAUCCGGUCGUGGGUCACCGUCGCCAGGAGUCGCUUCGAGGAGGUGCUGAGCUGGGCCCAGCAGCAGGAGGAGCGGCUGCAGGUGCAGGCGGCCUCUCUGGCCACGGAGCGGGAGGAAGUGGCGCGGCUCAUGGACUGGAUCACGGCCGCGGAGGAGGCCCUGAGCCUCCGGGACGAGGAGCCCCUCCCAGAGGAUGCGGAGCAGCUGGAGGAGCUCAGCGCCCAGCACGGGGUGUUCAUGGAGGAGCUGACCCACAAGCAGCCAGAUGUGGAGAGGGUCACCAAGAGCUGCAAGCGCAAGACAGCCCCUGAGGCGGGGGGGAUGGCUCCUGGCUCCCGCAAGCUGCCUUCCCGGCGGCGCAGUGCCAGGAAGCUCUCCCCCCGGGCUCGGCCUGUGCCCCUCGAGGACCUGGCGCCCCAGAGCCCCCUCCUGGCCCAGCUGGUGCAGCGCUGGCAGCAGCUCUGGCUCUUGGCCCUCGACCGCCAGUACCGGCUCCAGAACGCCCAGCAGCGCCAGCGAGAGCUGGAGGAGUUUGCCCACUUUGACUUCUCGGUCUGGCGAAAGCGGUACAUGCAGUGGAUCAGCCAGAUGAAAUCUCGCAUCCUGGACGUCUUCCGGGGCAUUGACCGGGACCAGGAUGGGCGCAUCACCCAGCAGGAGUUCAUUGAGAGCGUCCUCUCCUCCAAAUUCCCCACCAACCCGCUGGAGAUGAGCGCUGUGGCCAGCAUAUUUGACCUGAACAGGGAUGGCUUCAUUGACUACUAUGAGUUUGUGAGUGCUCUGCACCCCAGUCGGGACAUCCUGCGCAGGGCGGCUGAUGCGGACCAGAUCCAGGACGAGGUGAACAGGCAGGUGGCUCAGUGCAACUGUGAGAAGCGUUUCCAGGUGGAACAGAUCAGUGCCAACCGGUACAGAUUUGGGGAGUCACAGCAGCUGCGCAUGGUCCGCAUCCUGCGGAGCACCCUGAUGGUGCGUGUGGGCGGAGGCUGGAUCGCCCUGGAUGAGUUCCUGGUGAAGAAUGACCCUUGCAGAGUGAAGGGAAGGACGAACCUCAAGAUCAACGAGAAAUACCUGACGCCGGACCCUGCGGGGGGCAAAGGGGGCGGCUCUCAGUCCGCAACCCCCGCCUCCAAGGCGCUGUCUCCCCCCAGCCGCUCCAAUUCCAGUCUCAGCCUCUACAGCAGUGCUUCAGCCCCCAGCAGCCCCCUCACCAGGAAGAGCCCCCCGGAGGCCCCCCGCCCUGAAGGACGCAGCCUCUGCCGAAAAGACGGACCGUCCGUCCUGACCACUGUGGCGCCUGGAGCCAGUCGGGGCAGGGCCCCCCCCAUGGGAGACGGGCUCAGAGGCCUCCACCAAGGAGCUCUGCCGCCCCCACCCCCAGAGGGCGCAAACUGGUGGCCAGCAUCAACCCGCUUGGCCAGGCUGGAGGCUGAGCAGGUGGCAGAGCCCACCUCACCCCAUGCCCACCCCCCUUCAGUGCCCGGCUGCUUUACCCCCAUCCACCCUCCAGAGCAGGCACCCAGAUCCCCCCCCAAUUAUAUGCAAAUGCCUUUGUGGGAGGGGGCCUCCCCCAGUCCUUCCUCACCCCUUAGCCUGUCCCCUGCAACCCCCGCCCCUCCAGACAGCCUCAUCCUUUGCCCUCCCUGCUCCUCACCCGGUUCUUCAGCACCCACCUCAGUCCCUGGGGAGGGGGGCAGCCCUGCCCCAGGUGGGAUGUUUGGCAUCUGCUCUGCCCACCUGCGGAGCCCUGGAUGGCCCCACAGCAGGUUCUUGGGGUGAGGAGGGCCACCUCCCUGUGGUGCUAAGCCCGUCUCCUGCCAGCCCUGGGGGGGGGGUGUCCUUGCCUGGAGUGUCCCCCCCUUCCCUCCCUCCCUCCCUCCCUCUUCCCCUGGAGCAUGCCUGCUUGCCGGCUGCUCUCUAGCCAGGCUGAAUAUUCGCCUGUCAUGGUUGUGGAUGUGCUCAGUGAGGACAAUAAAGACCAGGGUUUCUCA